CCUUUUUUCCCUGAGAGGCUCUCUCUGUUUGGGGCUCUGUUUCUCACUGACGAUCUGCAGGAUAAUGCACUCACAUCAUCCGCCAGGUCUCUGUGUUUUUACCAGACAUACCUCGCUCAUUAAGAGGAGGAUUUCCAAAUUCACCGCAAGAUUUCUUUCUAUUUCUGAACGUUUGCUGCAAAGGGACUUGUUUCAUGUUUCUCUGCUUCGUGUGUUUUUGUUUUAUUCCCCAUGUUUUUUGCUCAUGUGAGAGACAGUAAAGGACUUGCCGUGUUUGUUCCAGUAUAAAUCAUACGCGUUUUUUCAUAUACAUGUAUAUUUUCUAAGUGCAUUCAGCCUUCUCACCUAAAUCGGGUGAUGGGAGGACCUUAUUUGGUCUUUUUGGGACUGUAGCUGUAUUUUGUGGAAGCGGAUAUGGGCCAGUUUUCUGCUCCACAGAUGCGUCUUUCAGAGGUGAGAGCGCCGGAGCCGUGCUGCCUCGGAUAAACUGCAGGUUUUUCUGUUUGGAGGAUUUGCGACAUGGGCUGAGCUCCUGUAAUGACUCUGCGUUGGUCUCCUGAAAGCUGCUCAAAUAUGCGAGGAUGGACGGCAGGAAGCGGAGACUGAUGAAGCUUUAAUUUCUCACGCACCGGCACCGGAACAACUGGACGUUAAUUCUAAUUUAGUUAGAAAGUCGAAUACGUCAGUGAUUUGGUUUAUUUUAAAUCUUUCUUUUUUUUUAAGUAAUGACAAUGCCUAUUUUAUUUCUAAUAUAUGAUGGGCGCAUGUACAACUUAAUGAGAGCAGAGAGAAAAAGUUGGUUAUCUGUUUAAUAUUAUUAUUAUUCUAAUUGAUCAGAGGUGGAAAAAGUUGAGACUGUUUGCGCUUUUGGAUCACAUUUCCUGCGCGUUUGGUUCGGAGACGCAGCCUCGCCGUUCAGGGAGAUCAUUUCUUCCCUCAUCCCCUCGACCAUGUGGCUCCCCUUCCUCGCCCUCCUGCUCCUUCUGCGGCUCUCCGAGGGGAUCAACACGUGUCAGUCCAUCGACCUGGACGCGCAGAAGUCGCGGCGCAUCGAGGCGGUGCGCGGCCAGAUCCUCAGCAAGCUGCGCAUCCGCAGCCCGCCGGAGGACGACGACGAUCCGCCGUCGGGCUCCGUGCCACCCGAGGUCAUGCUGCUUUACAACAGCACGCGGGAGCUGCUGAAGGAGCGCACGCGGCUGGCCGAGUCCGCCUGCGAGCGCGAGAGCAGCGAGGAGGAUUAUUAUGCCAAAGAGGUGCAGAGGAUCGACAUGCAGCCCCCCCGCACCGACUCCAAUGCCUUGCAGCCGGCGGCACCGAACCUCUACUACCGAGUGGUCCACUUUGACGUGAGGGAUGUGGAUCUGAUCAACAGCACCCUGGUCAAGGCUGAGUUCAGGAUCUUCAGAGCUCCCAACCCACAGGCUCGGGCCUCGGAGCAACGAGUGGAGCUCUACCAGAUACUGAAGCCAGAGGAAGACAGCACGUCCACUCAGCGCUACAUCGACUCUCGGACCGUCCAGCUGAGAGCUAAAGGAGCCUGGCUCUCCUUGGACGUCACAGAAACAAUCAAAGACUGGGUGUCAGAUCCAGAAAACAAUCUUGGCCUGAAGCUGGGCGUCCACUGUCCCUGCUGCACCUUCGUCCCAUCCACCAACAACAUCGUCCCUAACAAGAGCGAGGAGCUGGAGGCGCUGUUCGCUGGUGUCGAUGACGAGCGGCUCCGUCAGAUGAGGAAGCCCGGUCAGGUUAAAGGCCAGCCGGAUUUCAGCACCAAGACGCCACACCUCAUCCUCACCCUGCUGCCCAGCGACCGAGUGGACAACCCGGCCAAGAAGAACCGUAAGCGGCGGGCGGCAGCCACAGAGACCACAACCUGCUCCCGAGGGUCGGAGCAGGGCUGCUGCCUGCGCUCGCUCUACAUCGACUUCAGGCGGGACCUCAACUGGAAGUGGAUCCACGAGCCAAAAGGUUACAAAGCCAAUUUCUGCGCUGGUAACUGUCCGUACCUCUGGAGCGCCAACAACCACUACAACAUGGUGGGUUUCCGGGCUCAAACGCUAAAGUAAUGUGUGACUGGAGAU